AUGUUUCCGGCGUAUAGAAGUGAAGAGGUGCAGCGACAUGCGCCUGCUGGAAGGGAUGAGCCACAAGAAAGUGGUCAGCGUGGAAUAGUUACAGCAUCAGUCGUACCGGCAGCAACAACCUCAUCCUAUGGUUCAUUCAAAUGGACAAGCGCAAAGGAGAGCACAACAUCGGGAAAAGUUGAUGAGAAGUACAAGCGAAUGAAGAAACAACUGCAAAAAGAAAAGAAACGACGUGAACGUGAAGAACUGAAACGUCGUGAAUUGUCAAAGCAUUCAAUAAAGGUCGUUUCGUUAUUCUCAUCAGAUGAUGACGAGAGUGGGGCAGAAGAGGAGAUAAUGUUGGAGCCAAUGAAAAUCACCACAAAACAUAAGCACCCUGAGAAAGAUUCUCGAAAACAUGGCAAAAGAAGAAAACAUCGAAAAAGUCGGCGAAGUUCACGAUCCCGAUCCAGAUCUAGAUCGUCAAAAAAGUCAAGACGAAGAUCGAGGUCAAGAUCGAGAUCAGAAUCGGAAUCGUCCUCCUCAGCAUCAUACCAGUCAAGCUCUAGUAGCACUGCUCGUAACUCGUCAUCGUCCAACCACUCUUCCAAUCGACGAAUCAAGACAGAUCUCGAACUUGCAAACGCCAAAGCAUUGAACAAUAUGAAGUGGUCGUUUAUGGAGAAAAUGAUCCCGAAUCAGCCAUCGACAUUCUACGUUUUGGAUCGAAAGUUGGACCGAGCGAACUCGAUGUACGAUUCAGCGUACCGAUAUGAGGUCUCCAAAUUCACCAUAAACACACGUCAAAUACUCGGAGGAAAUGAGCAACUGAAUCGGGCAGUGUUUGCACAGGAGCUAGCGGCAGCAGCAAAGAAACGUGAGAAGAGAGCGGUGAGAUAUUUCGAUGAAGCGGUUCGCAGGACGUGGUCAGAACAACCCGAACGGUACUGGCGAAGCAUUGAGACAAAAGUCGACAUGGACGUGAUUCCGUUAUCGACGGAACCUUUGGAUGUGUCUGAACUUCCGGAACGAGAACAAGUCAAAAAUGUGCUAUUGGAUGAAUCGGUUAUGGAAGGACUUGAUCUGGAGAAACGCAGUCAGAAACUCAACGAAUUAUUGGGACGUGGCGAGAAUCGUAAAAAUAUCGAUCUAUGGUUCAAAUUUCUGGCCGUUCAAGGUUUUGAUAAAGAAACGAAAAUGUGUACUGAAAAGAAGAUCAAUUGCAUCUGCAGCGAACAGAAGUGGGUGAGGGUAAUCGUCGUCGAGGACGGAACGAGCGUUUAA